UUGUCAGUUUCACAAUUUUUUCUCUAUCCCCCCUUCUCUCCUCUUCUAUCUCUCUCUAUCUCAUUCCAAUUCUCUCUUAAUUCUUCAAAUUGCCAGAUUCCGGCAACACUUUCUCUCUCAUCACCGUCCCCGCCGGCGACAUCUUGUCCGGUGCAUAGACCUAAUCGAUUUUCCGGUCAAAUUACCAAUUUGCCCUUUUCUUUUUCACUAUUUACCGUUUUACCCUUUUCAGUUUUCACCGUCUGCGAGAUAAAUUUACCCUAGGGGGAAAAAUCGUUUUAUUUUAUUUGGUUUGAAAUAUUAUUAUUUUAAAAGGUGGGUUGGUAGUGACGUGGCAUGUGGAUAGAGAGCCAUGAAUACCAAAACGAUGCGUUUGCCUCCUCGUCGAGUAUUGACACCUAGCACCACAACAAGCACUAAGAGAAAAGAGAGAGAUGACCCGUUUGAAAGGCCCAAGCCCAUACCCGCUACCACUUCAAAAUUACCCAAGUCGGAUAAGCCUAUUUCUCGGCUCGGGUCAGAGCCGAUUACAUCACCCACUACAACAUCAACAACAACAGCUAGCAGAGGCUUGGAGCCGAAGCCGAUGCCGUCCAAUCAGCUGCUAGCGGGAUACCUGGCCCACGAGUACCUCACCAAGGGGACUCUCUUAGGGCAACCAUGGGUCCCACCGAAGGGAAAGUCCAAAGAGGAAGACGACGGCGUUGAUGAAGGAGAACCAACUGCGACUACGACUGCGGCUGCGGCGGAGGAGGCGUGUCCGAGCCCGGAGAUAAAGAUGGAGCGUGAAAGGUACGUGGAAGUGACAGGGUUGUUAAAGAGCGGUGGGACCCACCUUCACGGCGUUGUGAACCCCACACAGCUUGCCCGUUUCUUACACUUGUGAUCUAACAGACAAUUGGGAGAGAGAAGACACGUGGAGCGAUCCCAUUGGCUCUCCUUCCUUUUGAUUUUGUUUCGAUUUCAAGAGAGGGGAGAAAAUUGAAAAUUCUCCCCCGAUCUUUUUUUGUUGUUGUUAAAUCUGAGACAGAAAAUUAGCUAUUUCUUUUUUUUUUUACUCUUCAAUUUGUGAUGCAUGCAACAUGUAUGUAUGUAUGUCAUCAUUAUCAUCCCUCAUGAUGUAUCUGUUGUUGUUCACAUGCAAAAUACAUGCUUUUCAUUUCAA